AGUUAAGCCAUAAAAGCAGUUAAUUAGCUAAUAGUUAAUAUUUGUUUACAUGGUUUGCAUUUUGUUAUGCUCUGUAGCUCUAGUUGUUAUCCAGCUAACUGGUGAAAUGUUAACGUUAGUUUUCUAGCUAGAAAAUUUAGACUGAUAUUAGACAAGACUAACAGAUAGACCCUAGUUAAGAAUAGUUUCCCAUUUUCUCGACUAGCUACAUUGCAACUCAAAAAUUGCAUUAUGCCUCGUGGAAGGUCAGCACCCAAUGUCACCUUCAACAGCAAUGACAGCGAGGUGGAUAAGAUAAUACGGAUCAGUACAAUGUCUCGUGGAAGGUCUGAGCCUAAUGUCAACUCCAGCAGUGAGCUCGACAUGGAUGUUAUAAAGGCAGAGAUGGGCAAGCUGCAAAUACAGCUACGGACUGUGGAGGAAGAGCGGCAGGCCUACAUUCUCCAGUCUCAGGAUCUGAUCCGCAAACAGCGGCGUGAGAUAGAGUGGCUGCAGGCGGAGCAAGCAGAGCUCCAUCGCAUUCUCCGCAUGUGUGAGAGCCGCACUCACAGGCUGCAAGACGCUGCGGUCACACAUGACCUGCUCAUCCUGCUGGAACACAAAGACGAGAUGGACAAGCUGCUGGAGACUGAGAGACUGACCCUGGAACAGCUGAACAAGGAGAUCCUUAGAGUGGACCGUAGGCUGGUCAUUUUGCGGAGGGUGGGGAGCACGGGGGGCUACAGCCAGAGAAGUAGAGCCCCCCCAACCCAGAAGUCCACACCAGUCCUGGAGAACCAUCUGGACCAGGCCCUGAUCCGGUUAAACAUGCACCUGACACGGAACAGCCAACUGAGAGAGGACCUUGAGUCCCUGCGCAUCAAGAGAAUCCAAUUCCAGCAGAUGCGUCAGAGACUGGAAGUGGAACUCCAGGAGAUACGUGAAGACAUCAGGGAUGUUGUAAACAUCUCCACAGCAGCGUACAAUGCUAGGGUGGAGGUGCAGGUGAAGAUGAUGAGGAUUAAGGAGUUGGCUGUAAAGGAUCUGGCACAUUACAGCAUGGAAAUGAAGGAGCUUGAGACAGUAAUUCAUGACGAGCGCCACCUCCAAGACUUCCUGACCAUUAAGUGUCACAGUAGGAGUGGACAAGAGGACCACCCCCAUAGUCCACAAGACUCGGAAAUGAGAGAAGAGAUGACAGACGAGAUGCUGGCUGUUUUGGACGAUACCUUCCUAAAGAUCCACAGUUUGACUGGUGAGGAGAACCUGGAUGUGCUGGUGCGCAGGUUCCUCCAAAUUGAGGACCAAAACUUUGCCCUCUUCGAUUAUGUAAAUAAGCAGAGCACCAAGGUAAAGGCACUGAAGGACCAAAUUAACCAGAUCCAGCAGGACACUGAGCAGCUGUGUGAGGGCCGGCAGCGGCGGGAGAUGGAGCGCCACGCCCUGAUGCGGGACCUGCAGGCGCAGCAGCAGGCCGCUGAGAAAAGGGCUCAUGCGUGUAAUGCGCAGGCCACCGCAGCCACCAAGAUCCUGGACCAAGUCAGGACAGGCAUGAAGCGUGUGCUUCGUAAGCUGGAGCGUGUGCGGAACGUAAUGAAGGACUUGCCGUCCGCUGCCUCGAUCACAGAUAAGAACCUAGUAGACAUCCUGGACGUUUUGGAUGAGAAGAUCAACGGCCUGCUCAGAAUCCAGGCCUUCCUCAAGUCCAAGAACCCGGACAAAGAUGCCCGUGCUCCCAAACAGAAAGAAUCAGUCAAGUCCCCGUCAAUUUGUGAGGAGGAGAGACCUCUGACUGAGAAAGAGCUCCGCCAGCAAAUGAUAAAGGAGAUACUGAUGAGGGAGGGAAUCAUUGGGCCUAGCAGGGGGAGGGAGGUGAAGCCCUCCAAAUCCAAUAAGGCACCCAGCACUCAACGGCGCCAUCCAGAGGCCUGAAUGGGGAUUACUCCCCAGGCCAGCUGCCAGCCAGGCUCUCCUCCCUCACCCAGGACGCAUCACAGACUGAACGCAAGAAGCCGCUGCCCACUGCCCCUUCCCUCAUGUACAGACAUCAUAUAUCCGAAAUUCAUCGUCAACUUCCUGUGUUUUGACGCAGCUUGUCUGCGGUUUUGUGUUUUUUUAUUUCGGUAUGUGCGAAUACGUGAGAGGGAGCUGACCAGCUUUUUUGUCUUAACUUUUAGCUUUGCCAAGGGCAAGUUCACACAACUGGCCGGUUUUUACAUUCCUGCGCAUAAAUUAUUCCAAUGUUAGGGCCAGCCAGGAACUGAGGAAUGCUGUUUGAGUUGUUUUCCUCUUAAAAGAAUUCAGUUUGAUUCCAACCCUGCUGUUCUGAUAUGUUGACUGGCAAUCACAGCAAUUAUCCCCAAUUUAUUGUCUUUGAUAGAGAAUGUUGGACAUGUAUCCGGAAAUUGUAUGUCCAAAUUUUCCUAAAAGUCUCAACUCCUUCCUCUUGGGUAGGUUGGAGCUUAGGGCAGCAUUAAGAUUUUCGUUUUUCGUUAUAUUCCUCAAUGUAUUAUUUGCCUAUUUUGAAAUCUUAUUCGACAUCCUUUGUUUGGGAAAAUUCAUUGGGCCUAAUUGCUCUGAGCAUAUGACAUUAGGCUUUAUAUUGGACACAGUGAUAUGUGCCCAACCUUCUCUAAAUAUGUCCCUGCAGUUGUACUGCAGAACAGCAGGGGGCAGCAGAGCCUUUGAGGUGAUUAAGCUUCUAGGUAUUUUCUGUACUUCCUUGUGCUCUUGUUACAGUUAGUAAAACAUUCAGUUCCAAACAUGAGUUCAUUUCUUCCUGCUAUGAUGUCUAAGUAUGAUUCUCAGAGGAAUGUGUAACUGCCUCCAUUUUUUCAACUUGUCUUGUGAGUCCGACUAUAGCCCUGUACCCGCAGGAUUAGUGUUUCCUGUAUAUGGUAGAUUGUUGUUUGACCUAAAAGGUAUAAAGGUUAUGACGCAACAGUAUUGCUGAUGUUGUUGCUAGUGUAAUGGGUUUUCAAAAAAGAUAUGCAGUUUCACAUUUUUCUUUUCAUUUCAGAGAACAGCUCCAAAUUGAAUGUUGGAGACCAAUUUUGCUUAAAUGUGUUAGAAAACAUUAUUGAUCUAGAAUAGUUAAUCUGAGACUUGUAUUUAGUCUGAAGAUGACUCUGUAAGAGUCUUUAUUUCAACACUGUUUUCAUCACCAAUUCCCAAUCCUCAGAGGAUAGCUCAUCUACCAUAUCCCAAAAGACUUGCUCUAGACUCCUACAAUGCUAGUAAGGACAGGUUUGUUGUUACUAGUUACUAGGCAACAUAUCACGCUUGGAGGAGAGCCCUAUUUUGCAUAGCUCAGCUCAUACAGGCACCACAUUGCCAGUACGUGUCACCGGGGGAGAAAUGAGGCAGUCAACUAUCCCUCCUCUGGGAACGUGGCCUAUUACGUCCCCAGAUGUCCUGUAACUGACAAAUGAUCCAGCAAGAUUUAAACCUACACUGGAGUGGUCAGCUCUGCACCAGAACAUAGUGCCUUUGCUGGUUGCAGAAUGGCAGUGGGUUAGGGUUAGGGUUGCUACUCAUUAUUGUGGCUGAUUUGCACAGGGUUAUGUACAUUUGUGGAGAUAUCAACCAGUGUCACUGUCUCGUCUGUGAACAGAAGAACCACAAAAGACAUGGAGAGUUUUGGGGUGAAUGUAAACUGAGAGAUUCCCUGUUAGGGGCUGCUGUAAUCAUGAAGCCUAGCAAAGGUGGCAUUUUUGCUGCUGUGCAGUAGUUAUUUAGAUUGGUAGGUUACCUUACUACUCUGGCCUUCAGGGCCUCUGCUUCUGCCACUGAGGGCCUCAUUAACACAUCCCAUGCGUUCUCAAACCUAUCACUUAAAACACACCUUGGUUUGCAGCAGGAAAUGUAGAAGCCCUUUCUUUCAUAGUUCAGACGAUUUUGUGAAUCUAAAUUUGGAAGGUCUGUGUGUACAACUUUAUUUUAACACAAGUCAAAUUCAGUGCUAGUGAAAACAAUAGGCAGGGAAAACACAGAUAAAAGUUCAGACAAUGGGAAACUAUAAAAGGAACUCAGAGUCUGGGCUGUGG